AUGCCGGAUCGCAAACAAUCUGCAGUUGAGGAUCUCAAUACUCAGUUACUGAAUGAAUACUCCUCCACAAUUGAGACGUCAACUCUGCUUGCGAUCCUCUCCGAUUUCAACCUUGCAGAUCCCGCACAACUAGCAAGCGCGCGACAUACCCUCGACAUCCUCAAGGAGAGCGCGGAAGCAGAAGAAAAGACCGGGUUUGAUGCCAGCGGCAGCAGUGGCUUUGGAGUGAUACCGGAACAUGGCGAGGAAGCCAGCCGCGAAAAUGACAGUGGCAGCUCGAUCAGCCGGCCAGCAUGGUCCAGCUAUACCGACGACACGCCGCUCAGCCAGGAUAUGUCAUCGCUGGAUCUCGACGGACGCGAUUUCUCUGAAUCAGGCACAGAGCCGCGCGGCCAAGAUGAGGUAGCAUGUUAUGGGGACUUGGAUGGUCUGGAUGGGGAAGCUAAAGAGGCGCUCUUAUGUGGCAUCUUCCCUACGCUAAAGCCGUUUGAUAUCAAAUGGACUUUGAAGAAAUAUAAAGGGGACGUGAACCAGGUCAUUGACGAGCUCAUGACACAGUCUUUUCUUGAUGAGAAUGGAGGCCGGUAUAGAGGCGUCGAGGCAUUCUCAGAAGCGGACCUGGCGCGGCCACGAAAGACGAAAGGAAAGAAGAGGAGGAAUCGCCAGACGGAACCAUUUGUGAGCAGCCCGGCCUCAGAGCCACCUUUGCAAAUGAGCAAGUGGGAUACGGCUGCGAAAGACAUCGAAUUCAUCUCGUCGAGAACCGACAUGCCGACGAAGCAAGUCAGCUCGAUAUAUCACAAGAACGGCGCAUCUCUCCGCUCGACAAUCUCCGCUAUAAUCGAGGCCCAUCUUGCUCUGAGACUAGAAAUCGAGGACCCCAUUAUCCAAAGUCGAGCCAUCGACCUCGGGCACGAGUUUCCAUCGAUUCCCCCCUCCUACCUGGAAGCACUAGCACAAAUCUCACAUCCAUCCGCCUCCCACGCCCACGACCUCGCAGAAGCCCUCGCCGCCUCUCAACCAGGCACCAAACCAACAUUCGAUAUCGAGUUCCGCCGGCCUCCCCUGCACCUCGACCACUCCUCACCCAUAGACUCCCCCCCAUCCCCUAAAAAACCCCCCAGCACCACCAGCACCACCACGACGCACCCAUCAUCCCGCGCGCUCUCCCUCGAAACCGCCACCGCCCUCGCCGCCAAAAACUACCAUCUCCGCAACACCGCCUUCACACAAGCGCGCGCCGCCUACCGCAAAGGAAAAUCCGACCCCCUGAUGGGCGGCGCCGCCGCAUACUACAGCCAAGAGGCGCGGGACGCGGACGCGCGCGCCAAAGCCGCGCUCAGCGCCGCUGCUGAUAAACUGGUCGAGCAGCAGAGCUGGCCUGGCGGCCUCGAUCUGCAUGGCGUCGGCGUCGAGGAUGCUAAACGGAUCGUGCGCGAACGCGUCACUGCUUGGUGGCAUGAGCUUGGUUUGUCGGACCCGGUGCGGCGCGCGGCUAGCUACCGCAUCGUGACGGGUGUGGGGAAUCAUAGUGAGCGUGGUAUAGGCAAGUUGGGUCCGGCGGUGGGGAAGAUGCUUAUCCGGGAGGGGUGGAAAGUAGAGGUUGGGAAUGGGGUGUUGGUGGUGACGGGCGUAGCGAGGAGGAAAUGA